AGGAACCGGAGUAUAAGACGGGGAAUUGGAGAGAAUCUAGAGAGAAAAAUCUCGUGCGAGAAACGGAGAGAGAGAGAGAGAGAGACAAGUAGUCUUGUUCAGUGUACUUUUUUUUUUUUUUCUAUUUGCAAAGUAUAUUCUUGAAAAAUCCCCAAAAGCUAUCUCAAAUCCACUUAUUCAUUGAUUCUUGAAUCACGAUCAAGAUUCAUUGAGCUCGUUAAUGGCGUCCAAAACCUCAGAAACCGUGACCCGGGACCCGCCGAAACCCAAACCCACGUGGGUCCUACCGUACCGGACUCCGCCGCUUCAGCAGCUCUACACCAUCGGCAAGAAGCUGGGGCAAGGCCAGUUCGGGACCACUCAUCUCUGCACGGAGAAAUCCACGGGCACGGCCUACGCCUGCAAGUCAAUUCCCAAGAAGAAGCUGUUCUGCUCCGAGGAUUACGAGGAUGUUUGGAGGGAGAUUCAGAUAAUGCACCACUUGUCUGAGCACCCAAAUGUCGUGAGAAUUAAGGGUACUUUUGAGGAUGCUCUGUAUGUGCAUAUAGUCAUGGAGCUCUGUGCCGGUGGGGAGCUUUUUGAUAGGAUUGUGGAGAAAGGGCAUUACAGCGAGAGGGAGGCUGCUAAGCUGCUUAAGACUAUUGUUGGGGUUGUGGAGGCUUGUCAUUCCUUGGGGGUCAUGCAUAGAGAUCUCAAGCCUGAGAACUUUUUGUGCCUUAGCACUGAUGAGGAUGCUACUCUUAAGGCCAUUGAUUUUGGCCUUUCUGUUUUCUACAAACCAGGUGAAAUAUUUUCGGAUGUAGUUGGAAGUCCUUACUAUGUAGCACCUGAGGUUCUGCGUAAGCAGUAUGGACCCGAAUCAGAUGUAUGGAGUGCUGGAAUUAUCUUGUACAUACUACUGAGUGGAGUUCCGCCUUUUUGGGCAGAAACUGAGGUGGGGAUAUUCCGCCAGAUAUUGAAAGAGAAACUAGAUCUUGAAUCAGAGCCAUGGCCAGGGAUUUCAGAUAGUGCCAAGGAUUUGAUAUGCAAAAUGCUUGAUAGGGAUCCAGAGAAGAGAUUGACAGCCCAUGAAGUUUUGUGCCAUCCUUGGAUUGUGGAUGACAAAAUGGCACCUGAUAAGCCUCUUGGUUCUGCAGUUCUUUCACGUCUGAAACAGUUCUCUGCAAUGAAUAAACUCAAGAAGAUGGCUUUACGUGUAAUUGCUGAGAGGCUAUCAGAAGAAGAAAUUGGUGGUCUCAAGGAGCUCUUCAGAAUGAUAGAUACAGACAAUAGUGGAACUAUAACCUUCGAUGAGCUGAAAGAAGGUUUAAGACGAGUUGGAUCUGAACUUAUGGAGUCUGAGAUCAAGGAUCUUAUGGAUGCUGCGGAUGUUGACAACAGCGGGACAAUAGACUAUGGUGAAUUUCUUGCUGCUACUGUACACCUGAACAAGUUGGAAAGAGAGGAAAAUCUACUUUCGGCCUUCUCUUUCUUUGACAAAGAUGGUAGUGGUUACAUAACCAUUGAUGAACUUCAGCAUGCCUGCAAAGAAUUUGGCCUAAGCGAGCUCAAUCUUGAUGAAAUGAUCAAAGAAAUUGAUCAAGAUAAUGAUGGGCAAAUAGACUAUGGUGAAUUUGCAGCAAUGAUGAGGAAAGGCAAUGGAGGCGGAGCCGUUGGAAGGAAAACCAUGAGAAACACUUUAAAUUUGGGAGAGGCGCUAGGACUUGUAGACAAUAAUGAUGACCAUUGAUUCUCUAAACAAAACGAAUUUUUUGUCUUGUCGAUUUCCAACCUUAAUGGUACUUGUAACUCGAGGGCUCACAUUCAUUGUGCAACUAAUUGCUCUCUUUCCCUGUUUGAUGACUGCAUCUGAUGUAUAUUCUGAAUCUUGAAUGAACUAACCCCUCUUCCCCAUAUUCCAAUUUUGUGGAGAUCUUUUCCUUU